AAAAUGAAUUUUCAAUAAAAAGUUUUAAUUAAAAAAUAAAAAAAAAUUGGCAUUCCACACACUCUCUCUACCAUUUCUUUCUCUCUCUCUAUGGAACCCAAUGAAAACCAACUCAGCUCCUACCACCACUACCACCACCUCCAUCACCACCACCACCAACAGCAACAGCAGCAGCAGCAGCAGAGCCCCAGUUCCGGUGCCGCCCCUGCCGCCACCGCGUCUCCCACCAACGGCCUUUUGCCCAACACCCACUCCGGCGGCGAUGGGACCCACAUGGUCUACCCUUCUCACUCCGUUCCCUCCGCUGUGACGUCGCCGCUGGAGCCGGCCAAGCGGAAGAGAGGCCGACCCAGGAAGUAUGGCACUCCCGAGCAAGCCUUGGCUGCUAAGAAGGCCGCUACGACGUCGUCUCACUCAUCUUCCAAGGAGAAGAAGGACCAAGCCGCCGCCGCCGCCGCUUCCUCGCCUUCCUAUUCCGCCUCCUCUAAGAAAUCCCAGCUCGUUGCUCUUGGCAAUGCAGGACAAGGUUUUACUCCACAUGUUAUCAAUGUAGCUGCCGGCGAGGAUGUGGGCCAGAAAAUUAUGAUGUUCAUGCAACAGAGCAAGCGAGAAAUAUGUAUCCUGUCUGCGUCUGGCACAAUUUCAAAUGCAUCUCUUCGCCAACCGGCUACUUCCGGAGGCAGCAUUACAUAUGAGGGUCGGUUUGACAUUAUUUCUUUCUCCGGAUCUUAUGUACGUACCGAGCUUGGAGGCAGGAGCGGUGGAUUCAGCGUGUGUCUAUCCAGUACAGAUGGGCAAAUCAUUGGAGGUGGAGUUGGAGGACCACUAAAGGCUGCAGGGCCAGUACAGGUUAUUGUGGGUACAUUUUUGAUUGAUAGCAAGAAGGACGUCAGUGGUGGUGUGAAAGGUGAUGCAUCUACUAUGAAAUUGCCAUCACCAGUUGGUGUGACGUCUCCCUCAAGUGUAGGUUUCCGCCCUGCUGUUGACCCUAGUGGAAGAAAUCCAGUCAGGGGAAAUGAUGAUCAGCAAGCAAUGGGGGGUGGUCAUUUCAUGCUUCACCGUGGCAUGCAUGUGACAUCUUCACGGCCCACAGAGUGGAGAGCUGGUCCGGAUGCUCGAAGCACUGCUGGUUAUGAAUUGACAGGAAGAGGUGGUCUUGCAGCACAUCAAUCUCCAGAAAAUGGGGACUAUGAUCAAAUUCCUGAUUAAGCAUUUUCUCUUGGGAGUUUGAAAGCAAUGAAUGUUUUGUCUUAGAAAGAUGUAUAAUAUUUUACCAGCACUCUUUUGUUAGGCAAUGCUGUUAAUAGUUUGCACCAUACAUUAGAGAGAGAGAGAGAGUGAGAGAGAAUCAUCACACCCUGGAGAGUCCUUAAAUUAUUUUCACUUUCCUCCUUUUUCAUUAAGGUGUUUUCUUUCUUUCUUUCUUUCUUUUUUUCUUCUAUCUUUUGUUGAAUUUUCGUACUGGGUCGCUGGGCAAUUCCUGUUUAUACUAGGGAUGAAUAAAGUAGUUCCUCAAUGCUUUUCGGAA